AUGGCCUGGCAUGAUGAGAGAUCAUCUGACCACCGAAAGAGCUUCCACGCCAACUCAGACCCUCCUCGAGCGGCCGCCAGCGCCGCCCCGCACCGCCCCGCGAGCGCCAGCCACAAGGAAGACCCUCAGCGCUCAGAAGCCCCGACCCGCGCGAGCGCCUCUUCGCUGACACCUCCUACCCGGCGGUGCCGGGCCACGCCCCCAGCGGUCGCCGUGGCAACCGGCAGCCUCAACCCCGCCCCGUUCUCGCGAGAGCGCGGCCCGCCCACUUCCGGGCUGCUGACUUCCGGCUCGGCGGCGGCGGCGGAGCGGAGCCCGCGGCCUGCCCUGCGCGCCAUGCCGGCCCCAGGGCCGCGCGCGCUGCUGCUGCUGCUGCCGCUGCUGCUGCUGGGCGCGGCGGGCGGCGUGGACGAGGAUGAGGUGCCCGGCGACUGGGUGCUGCUGCACGUGGUGCAGGGCCACAUCGGCGCGGGCAACUACAGCUACCUGCGCCUCCACCACGAGGGCCGCAUCGUGCUGCGCAUGCGCAGCCUGCGUGGCGACGCCGACCUCUACGUGUCCGACAGCACCCUGCACCCCAGCUUCGACGACUACGCGCUGCAGUCGGCCACGUGCGGUCGCGACCUCGUGGCCAUCCCGGGCCACUUCCAGCGGCCCGUGGGCAUUGGCAUCUACGGGCACCCGUCGCACCUGGAGAGCGAGUUCGAGAUGAAGGUGUACCACGACCGCACGCCCGAGCAGGGGCCCGAUGCCGCCGCCCGCGCCGCCGUGCCGCCGGGCCCGGUGCCCGAGGACGGCCCGCACGACGAGGACUCGCUGCUCUGGACCGUGCUCGUGGGCCUGCUCAAGCUGGUGCUGGAGGUCCUCUUCUGACGCUGCCCGCCCGCGACCUUGCGACUCAUCGGCUCCGGCAUCCUUCCACCACCGAGUAACGUUCCUCCUGCUACCACCUGGCGCCAGCAGGAAACCAGGAGGGUCAGGAAAAACUCAUCAAAAAACCAAGCCGAAGUGACUUUAAGGCUAGUCGUGGAAUAGUUACUAGUUUCCCGUGAAGGUGCCAGUUGCCUACUGGGUUUCUGCAGAGCUAAAGGACCAAGAAAUGUAAAAGCUCCUGAAAGACGAACUCUGCCUGAAAUUGGUUUCAAGGGUAGGAGUAGUUUAUACGAGAAUAGUUUAUAUGAGACGAAUCAACUUGCAGAUUUUUAAAACACAUACUUUCAAAAAUCUUUUAUUGGCAUAAAAAUGAGAAUGUUGUAAAUAAAUUGGCACCAAAUAUUUCACUUAAAUCCAUAUUGCAAUAUUGAGAUCAAAAAGCUAUCCCUCUUUGCUGCUUUUCCCCCUUCUGCCCACUUUCCUGGGUGUUGGGGGGGCUCGCUGACAACAGUCACAUAUCCAGCGACCUAGGAAGAAAAUGGUUGUUACAGAAUGAAUUUCAUUCUUCAGGAAUGAAUUUCAAACCCACGUAUGAUGUAAGGCUCUCCUUAGCAAUUCCUUUACACACUGCCCCUAGGGAUCAGUUUCGGGAAGGUUUCAGGUGGAUUCCCACUUCAGGCGUAUUGCUGUGUCUGUCCACUGCCAUGUGAAUUACUGAAAGUGAGGUAAGGGAUCAAGAACAGUGCAACAAUCUCUAAAACCUUUAAAAUGUUAGGGUAGUUCUUUCCUAAAUGCAAACAUGGUCUUUGAAAGAUAGAAACAAUAAAUCUUACAUAAAACCUAUUCCUAAAGGUAGCUUAUUUUCAGCCUUUUUCUUUGAUGCUUUCACUGGCAGCUGUGUCUAAGACCAUCUUCAAGUCUGGUAUGUAUGCUGAGGACAGCACAUUAGAACUUAAACAGUACUUGCCAGCAGGAAACAAAUUGCUACAUACUUGAUGUGAAUGACUAUUAAACCUUAAUUAUUUAACUUCCUAAUGAUUUCCAGGAAACUUCUAGGUACAUGUUUAUAGAAUAUUAUACAGUGCUAGCUAACCAUGCAAGUUCUAAAAUUACACAAUUAUCUGUGUGCGGUUUUAGUCCAAUUACUGUGAUUUAUUCAAUAAUAGGUUUAUUUUUAAAGUUACCUGGAAUUGUCAUGCAGCCUCAAUUUUUAGAAAUCUGGUUUAAUAAUUGUAAAGGAAUAGCAGUCAUUCUGUUAAGUAUACAGAAAUAAAAUCAAGCCUUUGAAACAAACUGA